CUGGAAACGAGAUCUUAACAAGCACACCUCAUCUCGAGUAGUCGCCGACGCAGCAUCGAACCUCGCCCGCCCCAACAACCAUCACAGCAAUCGUCCCCAGCCCAGCUGCCGCCGCAUUUCCUUCAUCUCCGACCCGUCUCGACGUCUUCUUCGACUUUUUUAGCCAGUCCAAACCCACAUACACCGCCAAAAUGCCUUCCGAGCUUUGCCCCGUCUACGCGCCCUUCUUCGGAGCCAUGGGUUGCACCGUCGCCAUUGUCUUCACCUGCCUGGGUGCCUCCUACGGUACCGCAAAGUCCGGUGUCGGUAUCUCGGCUAUGGGUGUCCUCCGCCCUGACCUGAUCGUCAAGAACAUUGUUCCCGUCAUUAUGGCUGGUAUCAUUGCUAUUUACGGUCUCGUCGUUUCCGUGCUUAUCUCCGACGGCCUUCAGCAGCAGAUGGCCCUCUACACUGGAUUCAUCCAGUUCGGUGCUGGUCUCUCCGUCGGUCUUGCUGGUCUUGCUGCUGGUUUCGCCAUUGGUAUCGUCGGUGAUGCUGGUGUCCGUGGAACUGCUCAACAGCCCCGUCUCUUCGUCGGCAUGAUUCUUAUUCUCAUUUUCGCCGAAGUCUUGGGUCUUUACGGCUUGAUUGUUGCCCUUCUCAUGAACUCCAAGGCCACUCAGGACGUCACCUGCUAAGCGACAACACCAAUACGACGAAUGCUCGGUUGAACGGUUGACAAGAUGUACUUAAGCCACAACUUGCACGGGCAUCACUGCCACAGGGCGGACAAAUAUCAUCAGCAGGCGCGUCGAAAACUCGAAUCAAAGGUUUAAAGGCAUAGGCGUGGGAACGGUCAAGGGUCACGAAAUGCCAUGUUUGGGACGAUCGGGGACUGCUUCGAUCAUGGAUCAAACGUAUAUGUACUAUUUUGCCAUCAAGGUAUGCUAUCCAUUCAGGGGGGCGAUUGCUCAGCAUAGACAUCGGUGAUGGGAGAACGGAAUUGUAGUCUAGGUUGCGACAAUGUGUUUUUUAUGCGUC